AUGCUAGAAAAAAUCAUGGUCUGGGACCAGGGCCCGACACCCAGACCGAGGGAGACGGGGGCGGCUCUGCCCCUCAGCGUCAACCAGACGCAGCCUAUUUCUGAUUCUGCAAGAGCUACGCAGCUGCACCUGCAGUUCCACGUCUGCGUGCACAGGCCGAGCGGAGCCUCCCGCAGCAACGCGCCCGGGGAAGCGGGGCAGCCUUGGCGGGCAGCUGGCGGGGCUCACGGCGGACCCGCGGCCGCCGCCUCCUCCUGCGCCCGGGAGGGGCCGCGGGGCCGGGCCGGGGCUCCCCGGGCAGGCCGCGAUGUGCUUGUUCUUGUGUCUCCUCCCGCCCCGCAGGUCUCGGUCAUUAACACCGUGGACACCUCUCACGAGGACAUGAUCCACGAUGCUCAGAUGGAUUACUACGGCACUCGGUUAGCGACCUGCUCUUCAGACAGAUCCGUGAAAAUCUUUGAUGUUCGGAACGGAGGGCAAAUCCUCAUUGCGGACCUGAGAGGGCAUGAAGGUCCCGUGUGGCAGGUUGCCUGGGCUCAUCCGAUGUAUGGAAAUAUCUUGGCUUCCUGUUCCUACGACAGGAAGGUUAUUAUCUGGAAGGAAGAAAACGGCACUUGGGAGAAGACGUAUGAGUACACAGGGCAUGAUUCCUCAGUGAAUUCUGUCUGCUGGGCUCCACAUGACUACGGGUUGAUCCUGGCCUGCGGGAGCUCUGAUGGGGCCAUUUCGUUACUGAGCUACACGGGGGACGGGCAGUGGGAAGUCAAAAAGAUCAGCAAUGCACAUACGAUUGGAUGUAAUGCAGUUAGCUGGGCUCCUGCUGUUGUACCAGGAAGCCUCAUAGAACAACCGUCCGGGCAAAAACCAAACUACAUCAAAAGAUUUGCAUCUGGUGGCUGUGACAACCUUGUCAAGAUCUGGAAGGAAGAGGAUGGUCAGUGGAAGGAAGAGCAGAAGCUGGAGGCUCACAGCGACUGGGUUCGAGAUGUAGCCUGGGCUCCAUCCAUAGGUUUGCCAACAAGUACCAUUGCGAGCUGCUCCCAGGACGGCAGAGUGUUUAUCUGGACAUGUGACGAUGCCUCUGGGAACUCGUGGUCGCCAAAGUUGCUGCACAAGUUCAAUGAUGUGGUCUGGCAUGUCAGUUGGUCCAUUACUGCAAAUAUUCUCGCAGUGUCCGGAGGAGACAAUAAAGUGACGCUGUGGAAGGAGUCUGUGGACGGCCUGUGGGCGUGCAUCAGCGACGUCAACAAGGGCCAGGGCGGGGUGUCUGCCCUUCCCGAGGGGCAGCAGAACGAGCAGUGAGCCCCCCGGAGUGCGCCAGCCGCCGAGCCAUCGCUGCGCCUGAUCCGCGACGUGUCGUGGGCAGGAUGAGAGUGGAUCUUACCUAAACUGGACAUGGACGUGGGAAACAAUCAUCCAAUUUUGUGGGCACUCUAGAGAUAUUGCUGGGAGGUUACAAUAUGUUGGUAAUCAGCCUUAAUUGACAUUCCCUUAAAUUUAAGGUAAAGAGCAGAGCAAAGUACUGUGCCUUAUACUACUCCUUGAUGCUGCAGAAAUUGUACCCUGCUUUUCUGGUCUAGGGAUCAGAUUUAAUUGGAUUAUGCUGUGGUCAGACUUGAGGAGGAAGAGGAGGCGGCUGUGCAAGUGGUGGGGUGUGAACUCCUUUGUGCAAGGGGCCAAGCGCUCUGCCCCCUCCCAGGCCAGGACUGUUUCACCUGAGGGGAGGGGCUGGUGGAGUUUCCAGGAGUAGCUGAUGGCAGGCUCACCCUUCUGGGAGUGGUGAAGUGGUGCUUAGAUCUUCCUGAAAAUAAUGUGCUGGGAUAGGUGAAAGUCUCUGUGCUUUCCCAAAAGGAGUAGUGGAAUGCAUAUGUCUUUUGCUUUACAGUAAUCUCAAACUUGGUUAUUGAACACCAGUAAAUCAAACCAUAAUUGCAAGAAAUUUUUUUUGGUAGCCACACUUCUGUACUGUACUUCAGGGUUUUCUUUUUUUGUUGAGGUAUCAACAGAAUAAAGUCCUCUUGGUUAGC